GCUCUGCUGGCUCUGAGCCCUUUCCACUUAGGGGUAGACAGAGUGCUUGGUUCCUUUGCUGCCUGAAGCAGGUUGGUGCAGCUGUAGCCUCCAGAGACCCAGCGGGGGAAGCACUUGAGGGGCACUAACCAAGGGAGCUGAAGUGGGGGGUUCAGCCAGGGACCAGCUGGGGAGAGCAGGGCUCAGGGCUGAUCAGAGGAGGUGACAGUGCCUGGUCUGAUCACUGCCAGACUCCACUGUCACCAGAGUCUGAUCAGAGGAGGGUACCGCAGGAGCAUCCCUUGCUGCCUCGUUGAGAGGGUCAGGCAGGCACCCUUUUUUUUACUGUGCUGUUCCAGGCCUCAUCCCAGGCCUGUUUCAGGGACAGGGUGAGUGUCAGAAGCACCUGCUGUGUCACUGCGCCCUUUCUCCUACCCGUAGGACUGCGUUUAAUUCUUUACACCGCCUCUUUGAUCCAACUGAGGGAGCAGGGGCACUGGGGGCUUCUCCCAUUACAGCUCGUGCUUGGCAGAAUCCCUGCUGGAACGCGCGCUGUGCUGCCCCGCUGGGAGGAGUCCCCGAUGAUCUGCCCAGUGCUAUCUAGAUGCGAGUAGCACUUUCCUCUGUUGUUAGGGACACGUCCCCUGUACUGGUGCAGCGUUAGCAGUGGGUCAGCACUUGUCCCCCAUUGGUGGCUCUAUGUGGGCUGAAUGCUGUGUGCACGGUUAGUAGGUGCCAGGGUGGGAAAGCAUCUCAUUUUUGCCCUGUAUUGCCCCAGGACAUCAGGAAUAGCUUCCAACCCCCGGCUGAUGGCAGGCCCUGGCUCUAUGAAGAGGGCGAUUCUUCCUCUUGCAGAAUCAGGGCCUUACCUCUUCUGCAGUCCACGGCGAGUCAGCCCAUACUGCUGCACAAGCUGUACCUUGCAGUGCUGGAUGUGCGCGCAGCAGGGCUGAGCUCCCAGCACUUCUCUGUGGUCAGUGUCUGUGUCUCUCUGGCUAAGUAAAGUUCCUAGGAGAGCUCUGAGGUGCCUGGUGCUGUACAAGGUCUUCAGACUGGUGAUGUGUGGAGAGUUGUGACAAGGAGACCAGCCCUCUGGUCCCCCAGAAAGUACCAUGUGCCCAGAGAUGCUUCUUCCCAGCUCCUGUGGGGGUGUCACAGAACGCUGUGAGGGGAACGCGCUGCCCAGCUGCGCCAGCCAGCCCUGUGCUUCCUCUGAGCUCACCUGGAGGAGCUGCCCUGUCCCAGGUGCUCUGGCAUUUGGAUACGGGCAGCCGUGCUGACAGCUUGAGAGGCUGUCUGGAGAAAUCAGGGGAGGAGUGAGUGAGGUUAAUGAUUAUCCCUGGCGGUCCUGGGCUCUGAUGCCUGCUCUGCCCCAGCCAGAGGACCUGGGCUCAGGUGGCACCAUGCUCCCGCUGGCACCUGUCGUGCUGACCAUGGCACUGCUCAGUCUGCUGGGCCCUGCCGGGAGCCGCAAGACGGAGCCCCUGAGCGAGACGAGUGACCAGCCUCUCUUCCGCGGGGCCGAUCGCUACGACUUUGCCGUUGUCAUCCCCGGAGGGGGCACCGAGUGCUUCUGGCAGUUCGCACAUCAGAGCGGCCACUUCUACUUCAGCUACGAGGUGCAGCGGGCGUCGGGAAUGGCUGACAGACACAUCCUGGUCACAGCGAGCGACCCCAAUGGCUUCCGCGUAGGCACUGCCCAGGACCCGCGAGGACAGAUCAACUUCUCGACCAAGGAGACAGGCUUUUACCAGCUUUGCCUGAGCAAUCGCCACAACCGCUUUGGGUUUGUGCAGGUUUAUCUCGACUUCGGGGUGUUAUACGAAGGUUUCGACACCGAGAACCAGCCCGAAAUGGAGAGGAAGGAGCUCAAUGACACACUGGAGGCAAUUGAGAUGAGCACCCACAAGCUGCAGGGCUACAUCUUCCACAUGUGGCGCUUCUACAACAUGGCGCGGAUGAGAAAGGGGGCCGACUACUUCCUGCUCGAGGCCAACUCCUACUACGUGACACGGUGGUCAGCCGCGCAGAGCUGCGUCAUCCUCCUCUCGGGUGUGCUGCAGCUCUAUUUCCUGAAGCGGCUCUUCAACGCGCCGUCCACCAGCAAGCCACGGUGCUGAGCUCUCUGCAGGUGCCCACCACAGGCCAGUGCAGCCAGGAGACCGUGGGGAGCAGGGGCAGCUCUGCUGCCUCCCUUGGCCAGACUCUUCCCCACCCCCAGGACUGGGAUGGAGAGGGGGAUCUGCUCUGGCAGGGUGGUGCAGUGAGGCCAGGUGACUGGCAGACUGGAAAUCCUCCUUGUCACCUCUCCAGUGAAGCUGCCUUCUGUCCUUCUCCUCCUUGAGGACCAGCUGGAGGAGAGGGAGAGGAUGGUGUACAAACGCCCUGUGCCGGGGGUGGCUACUUGACCCUGUUCUACCACCGCAGUCCCUGAAGGGGAUGGCCUUGCAUUACAAACCCAAUAAAUAGCACUAGCCAAGCCUCUGUUGUCUGAAACUACUGCCAGGCAGAAACCAGGGCCUAGCCCUUUGCUACAGGUGCAGUGCUCUGCCCAUGUCCGCUGCGAUGGGGAGCCCUUGGGUGUGCUCAUGGCAGCCUCAGCUUAUCUCCUUCAGCAUCAAGUACAACACCUGGCUGGGAAAGGAUGGUGCUUCCCCUGGGGACGGACGGGGUAUGUUCGCAGGUGGACAGCAGGUGUCAUCUCAGAGUCGGUUUGAUGGGCUCGGCACACGAAGAAGCACCUUU